GGGCAGACCAUUUUCCGAGUGGCUUUUCUUGGCCAGUGCCCGCCAGUGUCUGUUGCGUUGGCAAAGUGAACGUGCGCGUCUUUUCCUGCUCCUGCUGCUCCAAAGUCCGCAGUCUCUCCGCCUCAACUGAUCUCGAGGAAAAGAUCUCCGGACAAAAAACGUCUGAAGCCGGAGCAUAGCCGUAUUCCGAUUUCUUUUCCGCAACCGCAAAACCCAUCAAAGUUUUUUUUUACCAGUGAGCGAUCGAAAAAUGUGAGGUUGAGGUGCCCAGAGUCACCCGUUAAAGGCUUCGACCAUGUCGGACACGUGACCCGCGCUUGUCCCGCGCGAUGAAACCGAUAAUACGCGCCUAAUCGAGUAAGCCGAUUAAACCGAUAACAGCGAUAGCGUCGAUAGCCCAAGCCUGGCAACGAGUUAAUCAUUAAAAAAAAAGACCAAGCUCGGAAAAAUCUCAAAAAAGUGUCAAUGUAAAACAGCGGGUUGAGAAUACCGGAGAGCGGAGGAACGAACCCGAAGAUGCCCAGCUCUGUGACAGUCACAUCCACUACAACGAACACGUCGCAACCCGAAGAAUUGGAAAGCCAUCCGAACCACCAGCAGCACCUGCACCACCCGCACCACCGGAACCACCAGCAGCAGCGCUUCCGGUUCCGGUUCGAGUCCCGAUUAGGCGAUGCGUCGAUAAUGGGCCUGCCGCGCAAAAGAAAGCACAGUCAGGAAUCGGUAGCACAGUCGGUCGAUAGCCACACGAUACUCUGAUAUUCUGACACUGAUACUAUCGAUAGGCAACGCGAACCCAUCGAUAUUAAACGAUAAAAGCAAGAAGAGAGGCCAGAGAGAAUCAUCGCCGAUCUUGCCAGCUUUCGCUGACGACAAACCAUGUUAGAUAUAUUUCGUGGAUUGAAAAACCUUGUAAAGGUCAGUCACGUUAAAACCGAUUCGAUAGUAUUCCGCCUGCACUACUCAAUAACUGUGAUGAUUCUGAUGUCAUUCUCGCUAAUUAUAACCACACGCCAGUACGUUGGCAAUCCGAUCGAUUGUGUGCACACCAAAGAUAUUCCAGAGGAUGUGCUCAACACGUACUGCUGGAUCCAGUCCACCUACACGCUCAAAAGCCUCUUCCUGAAGAAGCAGGGCGUGUCGGUUCCAUAUCCGGGCAUCGGCAACUCCGACGGUGAUCCGGCGGACAAGAAGCACUACAAGUACUACCAGUGGGUCUGCUUCUGCCUCUUCUUUCAGGCAAUCUUAUUUUAUACACCAAGAUGGCUGUGGAAAUCUUGGGAGGGUGGCAAGAUUCAUGCGCUCAUCAUGGACUUAGACAUAGGCAUUUGUUCCGAAGCCGAGAAAAAACAAAAAAAGAAAUUACUUUUAGAUUAUUUGUGGGAAAAUUUAAGAUAUCACAAUUGGUGGGCGUACAGAUAUUACGUGUGUGAGCUGCUCGCCCUUAUAAAUGUGAUAGGUCAAAUGUUUCUUAUGAAUCGAUUUUUCGAUGGCGAAUUUAUGACAUUUGGCCUGAAAGUGAUAGAUUAUAUGGAGACCGAUCAGGAAGAUCGCAUGGAUCCGAUGAUUUACAUAUUUCCCAGAAUGACCAAAUGUACAUUUUUUAAAUAUGGUUCAAGUGGGGAGGUGGAGAAACACGACGCCAUUUGCAUUUUACCAUUAAAUGUUGUUAAUGAGAAGAUUUACAUUUUCCUUUGGUUUUGGUUUAUAUUAUUAACGUUUCUCACAUUAUUAACGCUAAUAUACAGGGUGGUUAUUAUAUUCUCUCCUCGAAUGAGGGUCUACUUAUUUCGUAUGCGAUUUAGGUUAGUGCGUCGUGACGCUAUUGAAAUAAUCGUUCGUCGUUCGAAGAUGGGCGAUUGGUUUUUGUUGUAUUUACUAGGUGAAAACAUAGAUACAGUUAUAUUUCGUGAUGUUGUACAGGACUUAGCGAAUCGUUUAGGACAUAACCAACACCACAGGGUGCCUGGCUUAAAAGGUGAAAUACAGGAUGCAUGAUAUUGGGAGUAUUAGAAACAAUACAAAAUGCAAUUUGUCGUCUCCAUUUGAAAACCAUCGAAUUCAACAACUCAAAUGUCGAAAGCAAGAACAAGACUAAGAAAGGACAAUUACAACCACAAAGGAAUCUAGAGAUCUUCGCAGCAGCCGCUUCAUUAAAACUUACAACUCAACACACCGCUAAAAAAUCUUUAAAAAAAAACGUAUCUCAAAAAUACAACCAAAAAAACUAUCGUCAGCUCGCAGUCAGUCAUAAAUCAGCAUUUUCAAUCAUGGAGACUAAGUCUAUCGAUAGUCGAUACAAACACAUCCAAAACCACAGGCAUAGAAUACAACAUAGACAAAUGGAAGCGGAAUGAAAGCAUGGAGAAAUAUGGAAAAAUAGGAAAGCAUUAACAGCCACGCAACGAAAGGAAUUACUCAAAAACCAAUAUCAAUCAAUUUAACGUAAAUGAGAAAACGGAUAUCGAAUAAUCGAGAGAUCUAGAACGGAAGUCCUGGGACUUUCGGACAGGACACCCAAGCCGGUGGCAAGUAGCGCCUGCCGUCGGCCAGGGGUCACAAGGUCACAAGUCACAAGGGAUCGCUUGGGAAAUCAGCGAUCAGCGACCCAUAGAAAAGUUGCCCCAAGGACAAGAUCAAAGUGUGAGGAGAACAGCAAAUGGACAGCACCGGAAACGGAAACAACAGACAGAUACGCACACACGCACACACACACACACACACAGACACACAGACGACGCCACACAUACGCUUACAGCGACAUCACUCAUACGCCCCGUAGAACACAUCGCACUUUGCUUGUCAUGCAGCGUUAACUAAACCAAACAUCAACAAAGUCGAGACGACGCCCGCGGAAAAUUGCAUUUCUGUAUUAACCCCAAUAGAAGAGAAGGAGAAGAGUCGAAAAUCAGCAUCACUUUCACCGAGGAAAAGCAGGAGUAUCAUACAAACGAGAUGCUAGAACAACGCAACAGGACGGGGAAAGAAAAGCCUCCCCGCCUUGAAGAAGCAGCAAAUGAAAGUCAAGAAAAUCGCAAGCGGAAAUCGCAGAGGGGAGUAACAGUUUAAUUAAAUUAAAUUCAAUUCAAUUAAAUUACUUAUUACAAUGAUAUCUUGAAGUGUUCAUGUAUUCGAAUGUAGGUUAACUAAGUCAAGCAUACAAGUAAUUCU